AUGUCCAAGAAUAAGGGACCUAGUGCGUACGCUAUCUGGAAGAAACAACGCGAACCGCAGCUUGCAGCAGAGAUUUUCCCAUCACUCGGUGGACGGAGGCCUUCAGCGCAACAGAUAGGUCCUAUGCUCUUCGCGGAGUGGGAAGCUAUGCCGGACGAUCAAAAACGACUUUACGAAACUGAGUCCGAGGCUCAGAGGAGCCAGCGCAAAUUAGCGUGUGGCGCUAGCUUGUAG